UUUUGUGCUUUCCCUUUUCUCCAAAAACACCGUUUCAGAAUGCAGUCAAUAUGAAUUCAUGGACUGCUUGCAUUCAAACUCCCCUGCCAUUAUCAAUUUCCAUAAGCUCUUUCACAGUAAACAGUCGAACUAAGAAAUCCAAUCAUCAUGGUUGUUCGAGUGGUGACAAAGGUUAUGCGUAUUCAGCGACAACAUAAGACGAAUAUUGGAACCGUGAAAGGAAAAGGUGCAGUGACAUCCCAUCUCAAGCGGCACACGGGCAGAUUUCUUCAUCUUUCAUCAAGUAAGAAUUUUAUAAAUCUAAAUUCUCUUUUCUUUUCAUUUAACCAUUUACUUAUUUCACUCCAGUUCUUCUCUCCAUUAGUUUCUCAGGCUAUGUUCUUCUCACUCAUCAUCUACUACUCCGGCGACAUGCUUCGAUUUGUCCUCUUCCGCUCCGGUAAAAAUCAUAUGCUGCCAAUGUUGUGCGCACCGCUGCCUCCUCCUUGGUUUUUUUACUCUGUUGCAGCUGGGUUCAUAAUGGUGUUGGGUUUCUUUUCCUCGGUUUUGUGCUGAUAAAAUCCGCUUCUUCAUUUUUCAAUGUCUUAUUCAAUCAUUGGUUUUUUCUUUUUCUUUGUGCUUUGGGUUGCAUGUUUUCUUUGAUUUCCAUUUUAUUUCUUAACACCGAUUUUUUUGUGAAUUUCCUAACUCUGCAGAUUUAAUGAGAAAAAAAGGGUUAAUUUUGUUAACGAUAAGCUAGGCCCUCUUUUCUUAUGUAUGAUGCUAUAUAUGUCUAUGCUACUGUUUGCAAAAAAGAAACCAUGACUUGGAAAUGCAGAGUUGGAAAUCAAUGAGAGGCCAUUGAAACAUCCUUUCUUGGAUUUUGGAAAUCACAUUUUUUCUCCUCUCAUUGAGUUUGGUAUCUCUAUAUUUGUUCUUUUUGAUCAAUCUACAAGUGCAC